GAUUAUUUUGCGUCACUGUGUGUGCCCAAACAUCAAAACGAUUUGAUUCUAAACAGAGGGAACGAUAAUACACAAAAGUCAAUAUGAUUGGUUGUUGAUGUACACGUGACUGACGUUGACAAUGUCGAGAGGAAAGCCACAAGGUGCACGAAGCAUGAGCAAAAGGCUAUGACAUGUCGGUCACAGAGAAUAGUACAGUUAGCGAUGGCAUAACAGAAAAUGAAAAUGACGAUGAUUCAACAGACAGAGAGCAAGAAGCAUUAAAUCAUCCGUGGCCUUACCUACGGGAGAUGUUUCAAAUCGUCGGCAGCAAAAAUGACUCGUGGAGAAUGCGGUGUGAGUUAUGUCUCCCGAAAAAACACGAACUACUGGCAUUCAAGAACUCCCCGUCGAAUUUGAAAAAACAUAUCGAGAGAAAGCAUGUGAAUCACCUGGAGAGGUACAAAAGCCUCACUUCAACUGCUGUGAGAAGGAGAUCAAAGUUAGAUGAAGGCCCUUCAUCCAAGCAGCUUAAACUGUGGGAAACCAAGACCCUGUCACAGAGAAGUGUUGAUGAAGCCAUUCUUAACUUCAUUAUCCAAGGUCUGCACCCUCUGAGUAUUGUUGAACAACAGGGUUUCAAGACUCUUGUACAUCACUUACAACCAGAUGUGGUUGUAAUGUCUCGUGGUACAGUGAAAAAUAGAGUUGAAAAAGCAACCUUGGAAAUGAAGAAUAAUCUAAAGGCUGCCAUGAGUGAGAUUGAGUUCAUCGCUACCACUACUGAUUGCUGGACAGCACACAGACGCAGUUUCAUUGGGGUCACAGCACACUGGAUAGAGCCUGAAACACUGGAGCGAUGCUGUGCUGCUCUAGCAUGCAAACAACUAAAAGGAUCACAUACCUUCUCUGCACUUGCUGCUGCCCUGAAUGGCAUACAUACAGAGUACAACAUCAGAGAAAAGAUUGUACGCACUACAACUGAUAAUGGCUCAAAUUUUAUAAAAGCAUUUCGAAUCUACGGUGAAGUGGAUGAAAACAACAAUCCAGGACAACUUCAGGGGAUAAGUUCAACUGAAACAGGAGAACGAGAGAGUGGUGAAGAAGAGGAAGAGAGUGAAAACACUGUGGAUGUUGAGUUUGUUGAAGCUGGAACAAUGUUGGACGAAGAUUAUGGUCUGGAAUACCAACUGCCCAAGCACCAUCGCUGUGCCUGCCAUCUUCUGAACCUGGUAUCAACAGUCGAUGUCUCAGAAGCAAAUGCCAAUACAGUCUAUAAGCGGCUCUCUCGUUCUGCAUUCUCGAAGUGUUGGAGUCUCUGGAAUAAGAGUGCUAGAUCUACCACAGCUGCAGAGAUAAUCAAAGAGAAAUGCAAACUCCAGCUCUUGAGGCCAAAUGAGACAAGGUGGAAUUCUCUUUUCCUGGCUGUGGAGAGGAUUAUAAGGAUUAUGAAAGAACAAGGAGAAGGAGCCAUUACAGCUGUGUUCAGUGCACUAAAAAUUCCAAUGUUCACACCUGCUGAGCUUUCCUUUCUGGCAGAGUAUGUGAAGACCAUGAGCCCAUUUGCAAAGGCAGUUGAUGUCCUUCAGGGAGAGGCCAGUGUGCAAAUGGGAUGGCUAGUACCUACAGUAACACUACUCAAGACCAAGCUCCAGCACCUUCGCAUUUCCUCCAAAUUAUGUGGUCCUUUGGUGGAUGCUCUUCUUGCAGGACUUGAAAAGCGUUUUGGACAGAUGCUUACUGACCCGGAGUUAAUUGCUGCUGCCAUUCUUGUCCCAAGGUUUAAGACAUGCUGGACAGAAGAUGAAUGCAUCCUUUAACUUGGCCUUGACUAUAUUAAAAGUCAUCUGAAGGAACAGCCUGUGGUGCAACAAGGAGAGACCUCCCCUUCCUCUGAAGAGGAUGAUUUCUUUUCUCUGAUCAAGCAGUCCCAUUCCCAAGAAAACGCCAAACAGCUGGAGUCCUACCUGAGCUGCCCAGCUGAGACAAUGGAUGUACUGAAGUCUUUCCCAGCACUGUGCAACAUGUCAUUAAGGCUCAAUACACCACUGCCAGCCUCAGCUGCCUGUGAGAGGCUUUUCAGUACUGCUGGACUGAUUUUUACAUCAAAAAGGGGAUCCCUUGAUUCAAAGAACUUUGAAAAUCAACUGUUGCUGAAGCUAAACAGAAGAUUUUGGUAGUUAUGUAGUGUGUGCCUUCAACUUUUGUUUUUGUUGAUUUUGAAGGGGCUCACGUUUUGCUAUAUUGACUUUCUGUUCAAGAAAAUGCCUUUAACAGAUGGGAUAUUUACUAGUUCUGAUGUGUGGAGCACAAGCACUGACAUUAACAUUUUGUCAGAAGUUCCUUAAGUAAGUCUGUUACUGCAGUACCAAUUGCCAGUCUGACUGCAGCAAUAUUACUGUAGGUCAAUGAAACACUUAAGUGGAAAUUUAUACUUUGCUCUCCAUGUGUUCAGUAGUCUUUAUCUUAAACCUAUAAGGUUUGGUUCUUUUUGACAAUGUUCUGUAUAGUGUAGGCCUGGGAUCAAGUAUAAAUGUUUAUGAUCCAUAUAAUGCUUGUU